UAUACAGCGCCGCGCCUGCGUUUCAACUUUCAAACGAACUGUACCUCACAAAUCGCAGACGAGCUAAAUUUUAACUCUUUCAUCCUUUCCCUCUAUCAUCUUUUAUUUUUAUCAAACUAAGCUUGAUUGCCCUUAAUAUUUGGCGGGUUCGUGGAAUACUAACAUUGCGAGUAUUCUUGGUGAAAGGAGGCAUUUUCAAAUACAAAAUUGAUAACGCAGUAACUAAAAGCCAUGGGCAAGGCUUCAAGGGACAAGAGGGACAUCUAUUACCGGAAAGCUAAAGAGGAAGGUUGGCGUGCUCGAAGUGCCUUUAAACUUCUUCAAAUAGAUGAGGAAUUCAACAUAUUUGAAGGGGUGAAACGGGUGGUAGAUCUAUGCGCUGCCCCUGGUAGUUGGAGUCAGGUUUUGAGCCGUAAACUCUAUCUCCCAGCAAAACUUGCACCUGAUACAAAGGAUGAUGAUCUUCCUCUCAUAGUUGCUAUUGAUCUACAGCCAAUGGCUCCUAUUGAAGGUGUUAUUCAGGUGCAGGGUGAUAUAACUAAUGCCCGUACAGCUGAAGUGGUCAUUAGACAUUUUGAUGGUUGCAAGGCUGACCUGGUUGUAUGUGAUGGUGCUCCCGAUGUUACAGGUCUUCAUGACAUGGAUGAAUUUGUUCAGUCUCAAUUGAUACUAGCAGGUUUAACAAUUGUUACUCAUGUACUCAAGGAGGGAGGCAAGUUUAUUGCAAAGAUAUUUAGAGGAAAAGACACAAGCCUCCUAUACUGUCAGCUGAAGUUAUUCUUCCCUGUAGUGACUUUCGCAAAACCAAAAAGCAGUCGAAAUUCUAGCAUAGAGGCAUUUGCAGUUUGCGAAAACUAUUCCCCUCCUGAAGGAUUCAAUCCCAAAGAUUUGCAUCGCCUGCUAGAGAAGGUUGGAAGCCCCUCAGGGGCUGAUGAUAUAGAUUGUAGUAGUGGGUGGUUGGAAGGACCAAAUAAGGUUUAUAUUCCGUUUUUAGCUUGCGGGGACCUGAGUGGGUAUGAUUCUGAUCGCUCAUAUCCACUACCCAAAGUUGCUGAGGGAACAUAUCAGAGCUUGGAUCCUGUACAGCCACCUAUUGCCCCUCCUUACAAGAGAGCCCUUGAGUUGAAAAAGGCCUCCACUCAGGGAAUCCGACAACUUGAAGAUCUCUCCUUGGAUUCUUGAUAAUAUGCCUUGCACUGCUAAAUCAUAAUGCUGUUUGGAAUCUUUAUUCUUUUCCUCCUGCUAUGAUAUAAUUAGUGAAUUGGAAAUAAAUGGACUUUUGUGGAAGCUUGGAAACACCUUCUUUUUUUUUUUGUGGGGGGGGGGGGGGGUCCUUAGGUAAAUCUAAUUCACGUCUGAUUACAAGACAUGCUUAUCCUAGCUUAGUUUCUGUCUCUAAUAAAUUUCAGUUCAUCUUUGAAUUUUUUGUAUUUUCUACUUGCA